CACAGACUGAUAAGACUUCUCCCGUGACGACUGUGUUCUGAAUGUUAAAACUUACUUUUCUAGGAACCUGUACCACCGAGACCUGAUGUCAGGAAUCACCCGUCCAGAUGAAGGUGUGUGUGUGAGCUGAUGUGGACGUGAAUUCAGCAGAAUGGACCAGUGUGAGGACGGAGAGGAGGGAGUCCCUCCCUCUAAAACCUCUCUGUGUGGGGAACUUGAGAGUCGGAGCAAAGCUCAGAGGAAUCAACCUGGACCUGGACCUGGACAUGGACCUGGACCUGGACCUGGACCUGAACCCGGACCUGGACCCGGACCUGGACCCGGACCUGGACCUGAACCCGGACCCAGCUGUGUGUCCUUGAAGAGCGACCGUUCAAAGGACUGGUUAAUUAAAUUUAAAAGUGACCAACAUUCUGCUGUAAAGAGGGUUCAUCAGACUGAAGACUCUCUUGAACAUGAACCCAGCUGUUUGUCCUUGAAGAGCGACAGGUCACAUGAUAGAUUAAUUGACUUUAAAGGAGACCAACAUUCUUCUUCAGAGAGAGUGGACCAGCAGAUCUCAGAGUCCCCCAGCGGUCCGUCUUUCCAGCAGCAUCAGACACAGCUGGACUCCAUCUUUCAGCUGCUGGAGGACAACAUUGUCAUGUUUGUGAAGAACGAGCUGAAGAAGAUCCAGAGUCCAGAUUACCCAGAAUCCCUAGAGCAUGUGUUGCAGGGUGAGGAUGAAGAGCAGAGGAGCAGCAGAGAGGCGUUUGUGAAGAUCACAGUGAACUUCCUGAGGACAAUGAAGCAGGAGGAGCUGGCUGAGCGUCUGCAGAGCAGUUCUUUUUCAGCAGUUUGUAAAAAGUGGCUGAAGUCUAAGCUGAAGAAGAAGUCCCAGUGUGUGUUUGAGGGGAUUGUUAAGGCAGGAAACCCAAUCCUUUUGGAGCAGAUCUACACAGAGCUCUACAUCACAGAGGGAGGGACUGGAGAGGUCAACGAUGAACAUGAAGUCAGACAGAUUGAAGCAGCAUCCAGGAAACCAGACAGAGCAGAAACAGCCAUCAGACAGGAAGACAUCUUUAAACUCCCACCUGGAAGAGAUGAACCAAUCAGAACAGUGAUGACGAAUGGAGUGGCCGGCAUCGGGAAAACAGUCCUAACACAGAAGUUCAGUCUGGACUGGGCUGAAGGCAGAACCAACCAGGACAUCCAGUUCCUGCUUCCUUUCACCUUCAGAGAGCUGAAUGUGCUGAAAGAUAGAAAGUUCAGCUUGGUGGAACUAGUUCAUCACUUCUUCACUGAAAUCAGAGAAAUGUGCAGCUUUGAAGAGUUCCAGGUCGUGUUCAUCUUUGACGGUCUGGAUGAGAGUCGACUUCCUCUAGACUUCCACAACAAUGAGGUCCUGACUGAUGUUACAGAGUCCACCUCAGUGGACGUGCUGCUGACAAACCUCAUUAGGGGGAACCUGCUUCCUUCUGCUCGUCUCUGGAUCACCACACGACCCGCAGCAGCCAAUCAGAUCCCUCCUGAGUGUGUCUCCAUGGUGACAGAGGUCAGAGGGUUCACUAACCCACAGAAGGAGGAAUACUUCAGGAAGAGGUUCAGAGAAGAUGAGCAGACCAGCAGGAUCAUCUCCCACAUCAAGACAUCACGGAGCCUCCACAUCAUGUGCCACAUCCCAGUCUUUUGCUGGAUCACUACUACGGUCCUGGAGAAUGUCCUGGAAACCAGAGAGGGAGGGGGGCUGCCCAAGACCCUGACUGAGAUGUACAUCCACUUCCUGGUGGUCCAGGCCAAACUGAAGAAGGUCAAGUAUGACGGAGGAGCUGAGACGGAUCCACACUGGAGUCCAGAGAGCAGGAAGAUGAUCAAGUCUCUGGGAAAACUGGCUUUUGAGCAGCUGCAGAAAGGAAACCUGAUCUUCUAUGAACCAGACCUGAGAGAGUGUGGCAUCGAUGUCAGAGAGGCUUCAGUUUACUCAGGAGUGUUCACCCAGAUCUUUAGAGAGGAGAGCAGCCUGUACCAGGACCAGGUCUUCUGCUUCAUCCAUCUGAGUGUUCAGGAGUUUCUGGCUGCUCUUCAUGUCCAUCAGACCUUCAUCAAGUCUGGAGUCAACCUGCUGGAGGAACAAAGAAACACCUCCAGCUGGUUUAAAAUAAGAGCAGAGACUCAGCUCCAUCAGAGUGCUGUGGACAAGGCCUUACAGAGUCCAAAUGGACACCUGGACUUGUUCCUCCGCUUCCUCCUGGGUCUUUCACUGGAGACCAAUCAGAACCUCCUGCGAGGUCUGAUGAAAUCAAAACAAAGAAGUUCAAAAAACAAUCAGGAAACAGUUAAAUACAUCAAGGAGAAGAUCAGUGAGGACCUGUCUGCAGAGAAAAGCAUCAACCUGUUCCACUGUCUGAAUGAACUGAACGAUCGUUCUCUGGUGAAUCAAGUCCAAUGGUCCCUGAGGUCAGGACGUCUCUCCACAGAUGAACUGUCUCCUGCUCAGUGGUCGGCUCUGGUCUUCAUCUUACUGUCAUCAGGAGAUCUGGAGGUGUUUGACCUGAAUAAAUACUCAGCUUCAGAGGAGGUUCUACGGAGGCUGCUGUCGGUGGUCAAAGCCUCCAAGAAAGCUGUACUGAGUGGUUGUAACCUCUCAGAGGACAUCUGUCCACUUCUGUCCUCAGUUUUCAGCUCUCAGUCCUCCAGUCUGACAGAACUGGACCUGAGUAACAACCACCUGCAGGAUUCUGGACUGGAGCAGCUGUGUCCUGGACUGGAGAGUCCACACUGUCACCUGGAGUCUCUCAGGUUGAGUGGCUGUAACCUCUCAGAGGACAUCUGUCCACUUCUGUCCUCAGUUCUCAGCUCUCAGUCCUCCAGUCUGACAGAACUGGACCUGAGUAACAACGACCUGCAGGAUUCAGGACUGAAGAAGCUGUGUCCUGGACUGGAGAGUCCACACUGUCACCUGGAGUCUCUCAGGCUGUCAAGCUGUCUGAUCUCAGAGGAAGGCUGUGCUUCUCUGGUCUCAGCUCUGAGCUCCAACUCUUCCCACCUGAGAGAGCUAGACCUGAGCUACAACCAUCCAAGGGAGUCAGCAAGGAAGCUUUUGUCUGCUGGACUGAAGGAUCCCCGCUGGAGACUGGACACUCUCAGGGUGGAGCCUGCUGGACAACGAUGGUUGACACCAGGUCUGAGGAAGUAUUCCUGUCAACUCACCAUCGACGCAAACACAGUCCAAAACAACAUCAAACUGUCUGACAACAACAGGAAGAUGAUGUAUGUGAAGGAGGAUCAGUCACAUCCUGAUCAUCCAGACAGGUUUGGUUACUGGCCUCAGCUGCUGUGUAGAGAAUUUCUGACGGGUCGCUGUUACUGGGAGGUCCAGAGGAGGGGAGCAGUUUCUGUAUCAGUGAGUUACAGAAGAAUCAGAAGGAAAGGCGGCACUAAUGACUGUGUGUUUGGAAGGAACGAUCAUUCCUGGAGUCUGCACUGUUCUGAUGAUGGUCGGUACUCUGUCUGGCACAAUAACAGAGUAACAUCUUCCUCCUCCUCUUCCUCAGUCUCUGACAGAGUAGCAGUGUACGUGGACGUUCCUGCUGGAACUCUGUCCUUCUACAGCGUCUCCUCUGACAGACUGAUCCACCUACACACCUUCAACACCACAUUCACUGAACCUCUCUAUCCUGGGUUCGGGUACAAUCCUGGUUCUUCAGUGUCUCUGUGUUGAGUUCAGUCUCAAGAGUCUCCUCCUGUCAGAGAAACUGUCUCUGUUGGACAGAUAGUUGAGUCCAUACAUGUCUGUCUCUGUUUCCAUCAGAACACCUGAAUCACUGUUCUGAAUGAUUCCUUGAAAACUUCUUCCUCUUCCGGUACUUUAAAGGUGGAAGCUGCCGUUAUUCCAGGAUCCACAUGUUGUUCUUCUGCGUGUUUCCAGUCAGAGCUUCACAGUGAGCACCAGCAUGUUGUUUCUCUGCAGCUCGGUUCAGCUGAGAUCAGUCAGCUGCAGUUAGUUUGCUGCACACGUGACCAACUGUGAUGUCAGAGAGGAGUCACUGAGAUACAAUCAGCCAAGAUGAAGUUACAACAAGGUUCAUCCUGGUUUUUAUUCUCACCCACAUCUUGUUCCAACCAGGACGUCACUACUGGACUGUCAGGUCUCUGUCAUGGCAAAGUGUUUGUUUGUAGAUAGAUAGAUAAAGCUUUAUUUAUGUGUCACCCCCCAGCGUACAAUAUCAUUAUACAUUAAUAAAAUUGGCAAUAAUAAAAAGUUGAGGGCCACUCACUAAGAGUUGUGAGACACAAUACAUAUUCAUAUCGAUAAAAAGUAACAUACAUUAAAGUAUUAAAAUCAUUUGACUGUUACAAAAAUCACAGUCAUAUUACAAUAAAAACUCAAUGGCUUAAUCAAUUAGGUCUACAAUAAAAGGAGGAAAAGGGGAAAUUAAGGGCCAGUACAUAUAAAAGCUGCUCUACGCUUUAGGAUGAGGUGGCAGGCUUUGGCUGAUUCGUUAAAGAGAUGUUUAGCUGCUAAAAUGUCACAUACUUUAUUAACAUCAUCGAGGUCUUGAAAAUGUUCCUGAUUCUUUGAAAAUGAGAUAAAAAGGUCCUCGCGAAUGUCUUUGUAAAGUUCACAGUGUAGAAGGACAUGGGACUCAGAUUCGAUGGAACCGCUGUUACAUAGUGUGCAAACACGCUCCUGUAUUGGGAUGUUGGUAUAUCUACCGGUUUCAAGAGCCAAUGGAGCAACUCCACACCUAAACUUGGCAAGGGCACUUCUAUGCUGCCUGGGCAUAAUACUUUGUACAUACGGCUCUGUAUCAAAGGCAUUCUUAAAGGUACAGUAAGUGCGAAGCUUGUUUCCCUCUGCUCUAUUUAUCUGCAGGAGCCAUUUCUCCUUCUCUGCCUCUGCAACUGCUUGGUCAAGCCUGUUUAGAUCGUUACUUGAGAGGACUAGGUCAGUGCUGGCGAGGUGGGAUAGAUGCAGAGAGGAGAAAUAUGUCCGUACCGUAUGGGGAUAGUUUUUCACAUUUCUCAUCUGAUUAGCCCACAAAAACACACGCUUACAUAACCGGUUAUCUGGCAUACUGCAUAGUCUCUUCCAGUUCUUAAAAAUACAUGACCACUGGUGUUGCCAGGUCGUUUUCCAUCCCAUGUCACCUUGUAUGGCAGCAUUUGGGGUAUAUUUACCAACACCCAGAAAGAAGCGGCAUGCUCUAUUAAAGACUGCAUUGAUACAGGAGUAACUUCUGUAACCCCAUACUGCGGAUGCAUAAGUAAGGAUGGGUAGGACCAAAGAGUCAAAAAGUUUAGUAAAACAUUUAAAGGGGAAACCACCCAAAACUUUACUUUUAGCUAUAAUUGCUCCUAGAGCUCUGUUGGCAUAGAGGGCUAGUUGCCUAGCGGUUACAUUGUAGUCUAAGAACUCAGUGAGCAGUAAUCCUAAAUAUUUAUACUCUUUGGUGACCUCUAGUGGGAAAGACCCGCAAGAGAAGCUGAAGCAGGUCAGGGGCUUUGCUGGGUUUCUGAAGUGCACUACUUUGGUUUUAUCCACAUUUAUAUUUAAAUUCCAUUUUUGGCACCAACUAUGAACCAAUGAGAGCAUCUCCUGUAGCUCCUCUUCUGAUUCUGAGAUCAGGACUAUAUCGUCCGCGUAAAGGAGUACAGAGAUGUUUUCAUUUUCCAUAGGUACACCUUUUCCUAGGGCCUUAAUUGCUAAUGUUAGGUCAUUUAUGUACAUUGAAAAUAACACUGGUGACAAAAUACAACCUUGUUUCACACCGAUGUCAACUGGAAAGGGAUCUGUAAGAUUUCCAUUUAUACGGACACAGCAUUUCACACCCUCAUAUAAAGAAAUCAGACAGUUAAGGAUAUUACCAUUCAGACCUAAACUUCUCAGCUUUUCCCAUAGCUUAUCUCGAUUAAUAUGGUCAAAUGCUUUCGAAAAAUCAAUGAAUGAGCAGAACGUAGACUGUUUGUAUGCAAGUUUAUUGUAUGAAUAAAAUGAUCCAUCCAUUAUCUAGAACUGCUUCUUCAUGUUCAGGGUCCCGGGGGUUGGUCUUUUUGAUUUUACACUGUACUAUAAUGAUUUUUAAGUAUAUUUGUCGGUAAAAGGAGAAAUCAACAACAAUAAUGUCCUCAUAUGGUUCUUAGACUGUAGAAGAAGAACUGGACAAACCCUCCAUGAUGUAACUCGUAGGUUUUCUGAAGAGGGGUUUUAAAGCCUCGUCUUCCUCAUACUGCGCUGCUCCAUGUUGUAAACGGGAGGAACAAACUGGUCUGGAAGUUGCAACACCAACUAAAUCAGGAUCACCGACCUUUGUGAACCAAUACCUACUUCAAGGAUCCUGAACAACAAGAAAGGCUACUUGCAGGAUUUAACUUUUUGAUUAAUGUUCUCUUUUGAUGACAAUAUUUGAUAUACACUCAUUAAAAGCACUGCCUCAACAUUUCCUCACAAUAAUUAUCAAAUUGAUUUAUUAUGCUAGGAAACAUAUUUCAGCAUGAAACAUUUUUUAUUUGUUAAUCAAUUUAAUUUGUUCCAAUUUUCAAAUGAUCACUUCUGUAACAUUUUAGUAGCAAAUCAUGAACAUCAUCAAAUCAAGUCCCAUUUAUAUGAAACUCAACCACCAUAACACUUUUAGCAACUCAUGAACUCCCACAUCUGUAGAAAUGAUUAGGUAUAAAAAGAAUCAGAACUUCAAAAUCCCCACAUUUGUACUAAUAAUCAAAUAUGGAGCACUGGUCUGAAGGUUUGCAUGACAGAGUGGUUGAUUUAAGAACAUCCAGCCACCAGGGGGGGCUGCUGCACUCGAUCCCGCUGAGUGCUGCUUGUCUUGGUAGAAGAAGAGAGACAAUGAUGAGAAGCUGGAUGAUGUGGAAAAAGCUGUUAUAUUACUUUGUGUCAUGAAUCUGAUGUUUUUGAUUCUGUGUGCAUACAGAGAAACAUAAGUUAUAUUGUUGUUUAUUGGAAGCACUUCUUUGUUGUUAUAUUUUUAAGUCUGCUGGUGAGUAUUUCCAGCAGUGUUAUUAAUUCACUAAUCGUUCAAAUUCAAGUUAUAUUAUGUUUUCUGAAUGUCACUGACUUUUCUUUGUUGCCAGUUAAAUGUGAUAGCAUCUCAUUGUGGCAGGGUGGAGGAGCAGCAGCCACUCAGGUGAUGGGUCACAGGUGUGUUCCAUCAACCUCUCCACCCUGCCUGCCUUUAUAAGGCGUGCCUGCACAGUAGCAAGGGGGCUGUUGGAGAGGCUGCUGAAGCCAAGGCACGUGUGUCCUGGGUGUUGGUAAAUAAGGUGGUUGUGCACUGAAACUCCGUGUCCUCUCUAUCCUGUCAGUCGGGCCCCAUAGCACUCGCCCUGCUACACCCAUGUAUAUGAUGUUCAUGCUAAUAACAUUAUUAUUUGGAUUGUGUGCUAUGGUUUAACAUGUGUUUAUUGCUGUUUAUCGAUUUCUAUUAUUCUUUGGUUUAUUCCAGAACCACACACACACACACACCACACAUGUAAGUUCACUCUCUAGACUGGA